GUCUCGAGUAUGCGAUAGUCGUUACGUUCGAGCCGUCAGUUUCACACGAUCUAUACGCGAGUGCAAACGCAUUUGCCACUUCAUUAACUUGUGCGUGGUGUUAUGCGAGUGCGCGGGUUCGGUCUGUCGAUCUUUCAAGCCAAUACGGAUAUUCGAGUUUCAUUCACAUAUCCGAGUAUUGAAAAGAUUAACUUAACGGAAAGUGGAAGCAGGCCGUGAUAUGAAGGAUACGAAAACCAACGAAUAUGGUACGUUACUAAAUAAAACAUUAAGAAAUCUCGUGAAAAUUUAACAAGCCCAAGAACAGAUGUUAAAUUUAUGUGCGUAUUACAUAAACUGAAUUUUACUACUGAAUUUGAUUACUUUGAGAAACUCAAGGAAACAAGUAGAUAACAAAACCAUAUUGUUUAGUUAAUUUCAUGUGGACAUCGAUGCAAUUUUAAGUAAGAGUUUUCAACCGCAAGUAUACACAAGGAUUGCAAUUAUAUAAAACUUACGAAAGUUACGAUAGAGUGCAUAACAACGGUAGAAGUUUCGAAUCCGUAUUGAGAGACAGGGCUGCUUGAAAGGCAAGACUGACCUUUCAAGUCACCGAAGAAGGAUGCCGAUAAGUUGGAACGUUCGAGAUCGAAGGUCUUUUUGAUGUCUCGAGCGGACGUGAAUGGUAAGCAAGUUUCCAAUGGCAAGGACGAUCACGUCGAUUCUGGCGCAAGUGUCGAUGCCGUGCAAAUCACGAUCGGUAACCUCGGCAAGUGGCAAAUUGUUGUUUGCUUGGCAAUUUCUCUAAUUAAAUUUCCGGUAGCAUGGCACCAAUUAGCGAUCGUUUUUAUGGCGGCUCAUCAAGACUACAAUUGCACGGAACCUGCCAUUGUAGACUCGAAGGACCAAUGCUCGGUCAAUCUAAACGGCACACUGGUAAAAUGCACGGAAUGGGAGUACGAUAGAAAAAUAUUUCCGGAGACUAUCAUAUCGCAAUGGAAUUUAGUGUGCGAUCACACGCAUUAUGCAAACAUUCAGCAAUCCAUUCUUAUGUUCGGGGUGCUUCUCGGUAACAUAAUCUUCGGCAGUUUAGCAGACAGAUAUGGCAGGAAAAUGCCGUUGAUGAUAUCAGUUAUUCUCCAACUGUUAUCAGGUAUUGGAUGCGCCGUAGUUCCUUGGUUUCAAGCAUUAUUGGUGAUGAAAUUAUUAAGUGCAUUAGCCACUGGAGGCACAAUGGUCACUAGUUAUGUAAUUUGUAUGGAAAUCGUGGGUACACAAUGGCGAGCCGCCAUCACUGUUUUAUAUCAAAUUCCGUACAGUCUCGGUCACAUGUCGUUAGCAGGACUUGCAUACUGGUUUCGACAUUGGCAACAACUGCAAAUUGCCAUCACACUUCCAUCCAUCAUUCUUUUAAGUUACUGGUGGAUAGUACCUGAAUCACCCAGAUGGUUACUGGCCAUGGGAAGGCAAAGAGCAGCAUGUAAAAUACUACAGAAAGCUACCCAUAUUAAUAAAGUGGAGAAUGUGGAUAUUCCUGAAGUAGUCAGAAAGCAUUGUUUGCAUCAAAAUUCUAAGAAAUCCGCGUUGGAUCACAAAGCCUCGUUUUUGGACCUGUUUCGCACACCGAACAUGCGAACAAAAUCUCUCUCAAUUUUCUUUAACUGGAUCGUUUGUGGAAUGGGUCUGUUCGGCAUGUCACAAUACAUCGGCCAAGUCGGUGGCGAUAUUUUCAUCAACUUCGCGGUGUCCGGUGCAAUGCAGAUUCCCGGAAACUUUGUCGCGUGGUGGGCGAUGACUAAAUUAGGCCGACGGAUCACUCUGAUCUGCAGCAAUUCUAUAGCCGGCGUGGCUUGUCUAUUUUUAAUAAUCGUUUCAGAUGAUAUGGCUUGGUUAAGAUUGGUGCUGGCAUGCCUCGGUAUUGUCGGCAUGUCGGUGUCGUUUACAACAGCCUACCUUUUCUCCGGCGAACUAUUUCCUACAGUCGUAAGGAACAUCGGAGUUGGCACGAGCAGCAUGUGCGCCAGACUAGGCUCUAUUCUAGCACCCUUUGUAGUCUCAUUGAAUUAUAUUGAAGCGUGGCUACCACCCAUUAUAUUCGGUAUUUUACCAUUAAUUGGAGCGGCAUUGUGCUUAUUGUUACCAGAAACUGCCGGAUGUACAUUACCGGAAACGCUUCAAGAUGGCGAAGAGUUUGGAAAGAAGUGCAAAUUGAAAAAAAAACAAUGGAGAUAUCGAAACAGAAGCGGCAUUCUAAACUGGUCACCAUAAUUUUAAAUAUUUCCAAGCCGAAAUAUUAGCAAAUUUAAUGCAAGUUGAAUGCUAAUUGAAAGCAAGUUUUUCACGUUCUACAAUCAGGCGUGUGCAUAUUUAGCAAUUUUUAUUUAUUAAAUUACUUUGGCAAUAUUAACGCAAUAGCUACUCAUCUCAUUUACAUUUGUGAUUCAUAUUCUUUAUAUUAUAGUUCAAAAGUAUAAGUAAUGAAGAGUAUUUUUAACAUAUUUUAUGAUGAAAGAUUUUUUGAAAAAUUCACAAACACGUUUCGAAAGUAUUAACUGAGCUUUUUAUACUGCCAAAUAAUAAAUAUACGUAAAUGUUCUGUAAGAUUUGAUCGGCUGUAUAUGUGUAUAAAUAGAAAUUUUCUUUUAUAAGAACAUCUUUUUAUUCAUUAAAUACUCAAUACUCAAUAA